AUGAGCUACUUAGCCAAAGCCUCCUCGCUGAAGCGCCAGCCGAACACGCUACUCACUUACUUUCCCAAAAAGAGUCCGUGUGCGGAUUCAAGAGAUGCAGCAACGCCGCAAUGCCAAAUUCCAGUCGUAGAGGAACCGGUGACUGAUCAGAUAUCGUCGUCAGAUGAGUCCAUCGGUCAGCAAGUCCUCAGCGACGAUGCUUCAUUCGACGAACCUGCGCACCCAAAUGACCUGGGGAUCUACACCGGCAAGUCGCUGCCCCCAAGCUUGUUGGCACCGAGCAAGCCGAAGGAUGAAACGUACGAUACCAUCGUCCGUGUCCUGACGCAACACCUCAGUCCCGAGCCAUCGGAGAUCUACGAAACUUUCAGAUUCCAGACCCGGGUGCAAAACAGCGGAGAAAGUGUGGCCGACUACCUAGCGGAACUGCGAAAGAUUGCCGACCACUGUGGGUUCGGAGAGGCCCUGGAAAGGAAUCUUCGUGACCGUUUCGUCAUCGGACUGCGUGAAAAGGGGGUACAGCGGCUACUGCUUGCUAAACCACGUAGUUUGACCUUGAAAGACGCGCUGGACACCGCCCUGGCUGCGGAGUUGGCCAUCUCAAAUGCAAGUCGCCUGCCGGGAUCAAGUGACACGCCAGCCGCAACGGCGGCAACCGGCGUGAAUGCUUUGGAGCAGAAGAAGCGUCACGGUAACCAGAAAGCCAGCCGGCCACCAGGCAAGAAGCCCUCGUGCAUUCGUUGUGGCGAGAAAAGUCAUUCACCGCCGGAAUGCCCGCACAAGAACACAACCUGUUUUAAGUGCAACAAACGAGGACACUUAGCGAGCCAGUGCUUCGGGAACAAGACUCCCGGCCAUCAAGGCAAGUUUCAGUCGAACAUGGUGCUUGAAGAAGAACCCGAAAGCUUCUACCUGUCCACAGUUCAGAGUCAGAGGGACGUGCGUAGCACCGCAUACACUACCACACUCAACUGGGGUGGAGUAGAGCUCCAGAUGCAAGUGGACACCGGAUCCCCUGUGUGCGUGAUUGCAGAAGAGACCUACAGGCGUAGGGCACAUUUUUGGCCGAAGUUGGAGCCAACAGAUAAAACUCUAUUUUGUUACACUGGGAAACUGCCUCUACUGGGAGUUUUGAAGCUGGUGGUGAACAACCCAACCGGUGAAACGGAAGGGGAGCUGUACGUGACAAAGUGUUCCGGUCCAUCCCUCUGUGGUCGCGACAUCAUCCAGAAACUGAACAUUCUUGGACCAAACAGUGUCACCUUUGUGCAGGUGGACGGUUCCGUUCAGGAAACAGUGACAAAGCUGAAGAGGGAAUUCAGCGACUUGUUCCAACCUGGUACGGGGUUGAUGAAGGGGCCACCAGCGCACAUCAACUUGAAGAAGGAGGUAAACCCAAAAUUCUUCAAAGCACGCUCUCUACCUUAUGCCAUACGUGACAAAGUGGCUAGGGAGUUGGACCGGCUGUGUGAAGAAGGUAUCCUAUCACCGGUCACCCAUAGUGAGUGGGCCACCCCAGUGGUACCAGUGCUCAAAGGGGAUGGCAGUUUGAGGUUGUGUGGUGACUUCAAGGUCACUUUGAACACAGCAUGCGAAGUAGACCAGUACCCACUGCCUAAGGUGGAGGACAUGUUCGCCAAUUUGAAAGAUGGCUAUUGGUUCACGAAACUGGACUUACGGGAAGCAUACUGCCAUGUGCCUUUAGAUGAAGAGUCGAAGAAGGCAGCAGUGCUAAAUACUCACAAGGGACUGUUUUCGUACAACCGUUUGCCUUAUGGAAUAGCAUCAGCACCUGCAAUUUUUCAGAGGAAAAUGGAGGCUGUGCUCAAAGACAUUCCAGGCACUCAGGUGUUCCUGGAUGACAUUUUGGUGGCUGAACGCCAGCAUGAGUUUGGCACAACCCUACGGAAGGUGUUGUCAGCUCUCCGUGACAAUGGUAUCAAGCUCAGGGAGGAGAAAUGCAUUUUUGGUGAACAAGGAGUGAACUACCUGGGGCACCGAAUUGACAGGAAAGGUCUGCAUCCCUGUGAAAAGAAAAUGGAGGCCAUCAUGAAGGCACCUGAGCCACGCAGCGUCCAGGAACUUCGUUCAUUUUUGGGCCUCAUAUCUUACUAUCGGAGUUUCUUACCAAAUAUGUCCACUAUGCUUUCUCCACUCCAUAAGCUUUUGAGGAAAGACUCAAAAUGGAAAUGGGGCCAAGAAGAAAUGGCUGCAUUCAGGGCGACCAAGCAAGCACUGCAAAGUUCAAACCUACUGGUCCACUAUGACCCAAACAAGCAAGUCAUCUUGGAAUGUGACGCAUCACCCGAAGGGGUUGGAGCAGUACUUUCACACGUCAUCGAUGGGGUGGAACGGCCCAUUGCGUUUCGUUCAAGAACACUCACGAACGCAGAAAGAAACUACUCUCAACUUGAACGGGAAGCCUUGGCACUUGUUUUUGCAGUCACGAAGUUCAGGGACUACCUGCUAGGUCGCUCGUUUGUUCUGAAAACAGAUCAUGAGCCAUUGGUGGGGUUAUUUAAAGAAACCAAGGCAGUACCUGCGGUGGCAGCAGCCAGAAUCCAGAGAUGGGGUCUUAUCCUGGGAGCGCAUCAGUACACCAUUAAAUAUAAACCGGGACAGCAGAAUGGAAAUGCCGAUGCCCUCAGUAGGCUCCCUGCAGAAGAAGCGGAAGACACAAACUCCCAGAGUGAGCAAGUACUGUCAACAAGUCUUCUGGACAGCAGCCCACUGUCACGUCAGCAACUUGAGGAGCUGACCCAAAAAGACCCUGUGUUAAUGGAAGUUCGCCACCGAAUUCAACAAGGAUGGCCAAGGAAGGUUAAAGAUCGCAAGUUGCAACCUUUCUGGCGGCUACGACAUGAACUCGCAGUGGACAAUGGACUGAUCUGCCGCGGUGAUCGUGUGGUGAUUCCUCAGCAAGCAAGGAGGGCGUUCCUGCUAGAACUACAUGACACACAUCUCGGAAUCAACUCUACAAAAGCUCUGGCAAGGACUCUCAUGUGGUGGCCUGGCAUAGGGUCGGAGGCGGAACAACUCUUGCAUGAAUGCAGUGUUUGUCAACAAGCAGCAGCAAUGCCUGUCUCUAAGGAACCUUUGAGCUGGCCAGCCACAAUGCAGCCAUGGACUCGCAUCCAUGUCGACUAUGCAGGCCCAGUGGAAGGCAAGAUGAUCCUGGUGAUUGUGGACAGCCAUUCCGGAUACGCCGGAGGCACACAGCAGACCCAACAAGUUCCAAGGCAGAAUCAAAUGAAGACCCACCAGAGGAAUUCUUCCCCGAAUGGCAGCGAGAAGAACCGGUGCAAAAUGCUUCAGCUCCAGCAGAAGGGCUACUACAGCAGCACCCACCAGUUGUGA